GAGAGUACAAGUACUGAGAACCGAUCAUAUAGAAUAUAGAACGACUGCGAGUUGAUGCGCCGAUAUUUGGUGAGCUUGUAUAAAUAGCUGACUCUUGACUUGGCAUUGGCAUAGUCAAUGCAAAAUGGGCUUGUGCACUGGAACUUGGAUUUCACUGGUGGUGGCCAUCGCCACUCUGACUAGCGCUGCAAACAUUCAGCGAUCCGAUGAUUCGAGGAUAGUACACAGCAAUGGAAACACCUUCCUAUCAAACGGAGCUGGCCAGAUCAUCCGAGGACCCGAUGGCAAGGUUGUCUUGAUAGGAUCUGAUGGACGCAGGAUCAUUGCGAACGAUGACUCAAGCGAAGAGGACCCCUCCCAGGAAAGUGGCCAAAACUAUAACAGCAACGUUAUUAUCAACGGCCGGACCGGCUCCAACAUAAUUCAGAGCAAUGGACACAGCUUCAUCUAUGGGCCCUCUAGUGAAGGGGGUGUGAUCGUCAACAGUGGAUAUACUGUGCGGAUCAUAAACGGAGCUCUUGAGCUGACCGAGAACGGAAAGGUGUACACUUUCCAGCCAAAGCCAGCAGGUGUAAACGAACAGGAAACUGUGGACAUCAACGGGCAGCCGGCUGUGGUGGAGUAUUCAAAUGGGAAUGUAAUCAUCGAACUGGCCGAUAAAACCGUGAUUGCCAAGGUUGGGGAUCAAACCUUCCUCGGCGACCGCUACUCCUUUGACAAUCGCGAUAAACUAGUUGCCGAGACCAAUCAAUACGUUCAACGUGUGCAACAAGAGGUUCAGGACAAUCUCAAAAAAACCAUGUCCGAUCUCAACGCCCAACUUCAGAGAACCCUGGGCAACAUCUUCGUCUAGGAUUACAAAUUAGACAUUAGUCGCUCGAAAUAAAGCGCAUUUGCAGCAUUCAAACUGA